ACAGACCGGAAGCUACCAUUUUAAAGCGAAGAACAUUAGCGCAGCCAUAGCCGUCGUCCAUAGACGGGGAUACCUAAAAUUGACACGGGGCGGAAAAUAUUUGGACGAAGAAAAUAAUGAAAAUACGACAAAGACUCCAGAAAGCGCCAAUUUCGAUAAGUUAACGAUUUAAGCAUCGAAGCUACUGUUUCAAACAAGGAACAUAUCUGAAUUAGCAGGCCAACCCAGCGGAAAUAGUUUUUUUUUUUGUCAAAAACACCUCCCGGGCCGAUGGAGAGGCAGGCCUUUGAAAAUAUUAUACCCUGGAUGAAGUAGAAGACAUGAAGUAGAAGGCCGUUGUAGUUAUUAUAGUCUUUCCGGUGCGCCUUUUAUUCUAUUUAAUACCAUUUUGACUCUGGGUUUUAAUAAUAUAACUAGCUAGGUUUGCUUAAAUAAAAUAAUCAAGCUAGUUUUUUAGCUUGGAGGCUAAGUUAGCUUAGCGUCGGCUAACUUUCCAAUGCAACUAGGUUUUCAUAUCUACGUCCUUUUUUAAUUUAUUGGCUAUCUAGAGAGCUAACGACGACAUAAUACACAUACUCAUCUACUCAGAUCUAGUAUUUUUUUCUUGUGGCUUUGGUUAACAACGUAUCGCAACUAUCUGCAAAAACAAGUUAACGUUAGCUAGCUAAUGACGAAUGCCGCGGUGAUAUUUUCGGGAUUUUGCCACCGCCUGCAAUUUUUUGUUUUUUUCAAGUUAGUCUACCUGAAGAUCAAUGGAAGUAGCCCCGUUCGCUUUUACCUGUUCUCACUUUUUGGUCUUCAGUCAAGCAGAAAGUGGUGCCCCAGUCUCCAGCCCAUUUACACCCCACCAAACCUGUUGUCUCCGAGAGCGUGAUAUCAACGAGCAGACAAACAAGUGGAACACCAGAUCAUUUUUUGUCCCCCCGGCUGGAUGCUACAGACUACGUCUUUAGAGAAAGGAAUCUAAAAACACUACAAAUAUUGCAUGCUAUUUAUACAUUGUGUUCUAUGCAUUGUUUUUCAAAUAUAGGAACCACAUUAUUUAAAAUGAACUUUUUUAUUUUCUUUGUUGUCCAACUAGUAGUUAUUCAUCUGUAGAUGAGGGGUAGACAUUAGUAACAACAAGUCAUUUGAGUCGAGUGGAAGUGCUUCAAGAAGCAUCACUUCCAAUAGCUGUUGCUAUUGAUCAUUGAUUAUAAUUGGUGCGAAAUUGUUGUACUUCAACAGUAGGGGAGUGUCCCAGGAACAGCCUCCCAUCCAUAAGUGGGAGAUGUUCCAGUUCAGUAAGUACCCCUUGGACAUUCUAGACAUGCUAAGUGGACACCAAGCCCACCAGUUUAAAGGCCUUGGAUUGGAAAGACAGCUGCAACACCAACAGCAAGUCCAACUUCAACACCAGCAGCAGCUUCAGCAGCAGCACCAACAGCAGGGGGAGUCCUCAGGGGCUCUUCUCUCUGGGCUUGGUCUGGGGUCUCUUCAGGGUUCUAGAAGUAAUGCCUUUGCAGAUUCUUCAUCUAUAUUUGCCAAAAUGAGUGCCCAACCUCCACCAAUAUCCCACCAGAGCCAGUCUUCAUCCUCGCAUAGUUCAAGAAAAUCUAGCAAGAUGAGCAGCAGUAGUGGAACUGGAAGCUCUGCGGCAGGGUACCCACAAUUCUUACGUCCGUUUCACCCCGCGGAAGCAGCACUAGCCCAGGAACAACUGCACUCGGGAAUGGGACGCUUUGACUUUGGGGGCAGUAGUGGUGGUGCAUCUGGUGUUAUUGGAGGUGUAGUUACCUCAGCUCCCCCACCGCCACCUUUACACCCUGGUCUGUCUGUUCCCCAAGCCUCACCUGGACCAUCUUCAUCCUCGCCCUCUCCGUCGUCCUCAGUUUCUGCCUCUAACAACCCUGGCAGCAGCAGUGCAGUGUCAUCCCUAGGGCAGCCACUAGUUGGGCAGUCUGAUCCACGUAGCUUACAUCAGCAGUUCAGUUGCAUGCUUGCCGCCAAUCAGUACUUUCUUUCUGGGGUCCCGACCAAUAGCAGUCUGGAGCAGUUUCUGGUUCAACAAGGGGGUCAUAACCAUCUUGGUCUGGGCUUGGGCCAAGGAACUAGUGACUCAAACUCAGCCCUUGCCCCUCCUCCGGCCCUUCACUCCUCGCACAGUCAUAGUCACUCCACUCCCCAGCCACAACAGCAGCAGCAGCCAUUGGCACCCCAUGCCUUAUCUCACCCUCACAGCCAUACCCACCCACACCAUCCUCUUCACCCAACACCACAGCCAUCAUCUCUAGGUGGCUUUGAUUUCCAAGGUAUUCCAGUUCUGUCCUCUAAUCAGUUGGCUUCGUUAAUGCAACAAGAGGCUAGUGGUAUGUCUCUACCCCUACCACUUCAUUUGUCACUUUCGAAAGAUGAAGGCAAAGGAGACAGUGGAUCCGGAUCUGGUGGGAGUGGUGGUAGCAGGCGAAAGAAGGCAAUGGCUGGCUAUCUCCCUCAGAGGAAAGCUGAUGGCACCAGUCAAAGCAGUAGCAAUGUUAGUAACUGCCACAGUAGCUCUAGUGGACUCAGUCAAAAUUCGACCAUCCAACCUGGCCUUGUAGGAGGCGCUAUAACGAGCCUUGGUGGUAACCAUUCAUCAGUCCUCUCUUCAUCAACACAACAGUCCUCCUCGACAGUCUCCUCUUCCUCCUCAGCUCCUUCAUCAUCCACAGCCUCUGUGCUGGUAGCUAAUGAUUCGCAGCUACAAAAACCUGGAAAUCUCGAUACCUUGGCCUCCAUGCCUAGUCAACCUGACGCUGAAGCCAUCUACCACUGUGGUGAAUGUGGAAAGACCUUCAGCCAUCUUACAAGUCUUCGCAGGCAUCUCCGUAGUCAUGGUUUGACUUCUGAAGAUUCCAAGCCUGACACAUCAAGCGAAGAGAAAACAUUCUGUUGUACUGAAUGUGGGAAGGGAUUUAAGAAGAGAGGACACCUCCUGCAGCAUGGGGUCAUCCAUUCAGGUGCUCGUCCUUUUGCAUGUAGUGUCUGUCAACGAUCCUUCAACCGCCGCGAGUCCCUUACCAGGCAUGAGAAGAUUCAUGAUGAUAAGCCUUUCCGAUGCCCUGCUUGUGGUCGUUGUUUCAGAGAAAGCACAUCGUUGCUGAACCAUGCAGCGUCUGGCACUUGUGGUAAGCCUGGAAGGAAUUCCCGGCCAAGACCAAGUGGUGGUAGUGGGGAAAAUCAACGCUCAUCAGCUGCAAGUAGCACUAAAACUGAAAUGGUGGCUGAAAGCAGCGGAACGGGUGAUUACCAACGCGAUGGAGCGACUAAAUAUGGCACUGAUUAUUCAAGAAACCGGCAGCCAUACCAACCAUCUUACGGUGUAGAUGACUACAGACGACAGCAGUCUAACCAAUCUUGUUAUUCUGGAGAGAGUUCCCAUGGCAGUGCCAUGUCAAGCCAAACACUCAGAAAGGCUCCCUUGGCUCCUACCCUACACCCACACCCUCAAAGUCAACAGCCCCAACACCACAUCCAUCAACAGCAGCCUCAUCUUCCUCUUUCAUCACUAUUGGAUGACUCUGAGGAUGAGGUCACAAGCAGUGCCAUGUCUGCCAUUGCUGCAGCUGCCGCUGCAUCCUGUGAGAUUAGUACUGGAGAGAGUCGAGGAGAGGAGCGAAGAGACAUUAUUGGAGGUUUGCUUGGGGGUCUCGGCUUUGGGAAUAUGGGAGUCUCACCAGGUGGUCCAUCAUCUACAUCUGAAAUCAACAAGACCUACAGAGCCGGCAGUGGCUCUACCAUACCUUUAACCCAUCCAACCCAGCAGAUAAUGAAUGCUAAACCGAAAAAGCCCCGCAAGCCAAGGCAGAAAAGAGAACCAGGACCCGAUGGAAUCAUAGUUAGACAAAGAAGAAGUCGUGGAGAAGGAGAACGGCCAUAUUCAUGCGGAGUCUGUGGUAAAGGAUUCAGGAGACGUGAGACCCUACGUCGGCAUGACCGUGUUCACACGGGGGAGAAGCCUCACCGGUGUGACGUUUGUGGGAAAGAUUUUCGGGAGUACUUCCAUCUAACUAAACAUUCCACUGUGCAUUCUGGGCAGAAAAACUACAAGUGUGACCUGUGCGGGAAAGAGUUUGCUUACGCCCAGAGUUUGGUAAGACAUGGGAAAUUGCACACAAAAAGCGAGUUGGAUGCUUCACCAGGAGGAAAAAUGACCAAGGGCCAUGGGGGGGGUGUCAAUUUGGAUGGAAAUCAAGCAAACUCUCAAUCUUAUAAUUAUUCAUACACUCAAGAUAAGUCUCAGGGGUCUAGCUCAACCACUCCGCCCUCUCAGAAGCUCUAUACUUGCACAACUUGCUGGAAAUCCUUCCGCCAUCAGUUCCACUUGACAGCCCAUCAACAAACUGUCCAUGGUGGUGGAGUAAGAAGCGAAAAGACUUUCUGCUGCGAUGUAUGUGGGAAGGCCUUUGCAUAUUCUAACAGCUUGUCACGGCACAGGCAAUCACAGCAUGGAUUGGGUCGCACCCUGUUGGACAACCAGCCAUCUGCUGUAACCCAGCGUCCUUCCCAACCCACUGAGUACAUCCCUCUUUUUGAAUCCAGCCAUCCCUCAAGCUAUCCAUCUAGCUCCUACAUGACAAACCAAUCCUCCCUAGCUCAACACAACCCUUUUCAGUUUCAGUCCCAAGAUGGGUGGGUUGGCGGCAAGAGAAAGCGUAGUGGGAAAAAAAAGCUGGUUGAAUAUCAAAGUAUUAUGAGGGGGGGCCAACUGAUGGGGGUCGCCUUAAAUGAUGCUAACCGCAGGAGACUCAAACUGGUGAAGAGAAAAAAAACGAUAUUGCAUGAGAAGCUUAAGCAAAAAAAGCUGCUCGCCCAGCUCCUGAGAAUGAGAGGAGGGUACAGAGUUCGAAAAUGGCGUGGAGGUUCUGUAAAGGUCAGUGGACUGUCAUCGAUGGAAGUCCCCAUUAAACGUUUUCCGUGCCAGUACUGCCCCAGCACUAUAUUCACCAGUCAGGCCAAACUUUUGGUCCAUCGUGGUGUGAGGCAUCCUCCAAGAAAUAAUGGCCACCAUGCCCGUCUGAAGUGUUUAGUCUGCGGAAAGCGUUCUCGGACAUUACGGAAAGCCCUAAUUCAUCGCGGACAGCACCGUUCACAAAGGCGCUUCUCAUGCCCCAAAUGUCCCUGCCGCUUUUGGAACGGUUCUCUCCUGGAGAGGCAUAGGGUUGCUUGCCGGGGUCAGUCUGUGUUAGGUAGUGGAAGCUGGGACUUGAAAGUGAACUCAUCCCAAGCAGAUGUGGUGAAGACAGCUGAGGUUGUCCAGGAAGUCCACCCUGUGAGAACAACAGUGGUUACUGAAUACAGCCACUAAUUCUUUUCUACAUUUUUUUCAAACUAAGAAGCAGGAACUAGCAAGUUGUAAAGUUAUGGGGAACAGGCUUAGUGUAACUACUGCAUAUCCCCACUACAUCCAUACAAUCAUUACUAUAGCCGAGAUGUUUGUAAGUUAACUUGGGCUUUUAAAGGCCCACAUCAAACGCACCAUCCAUCCGUCUUUGCUUCCCCUAAGGGGAGAGAGUAUUCUAGAUCAUGUGAGUGUUUGAGUAGCACCUCUUGUCUUUUAAAAUGCAUUCAACCACAGUAUCCUUUUUGUAGCUGUGUUUUGGGCUGGGAUUAUGAAUGCAUACUAGUAAGAGUGGAGUACCAAAAGUACUGAUGUUUUUAUUAUGUUUUCUCUCAUUAUUCACAGUUAAGCAGUAUAGUCUUUGUCUCUUGUUCUGUACUAUGUGUUUUUCAUUGUUCUGACUGGAGAUCUUUUUCUUUUUUUUUAUGAAUGAUUUGGUCUGAAGCAAGAUAUUUCCAUUAACACGUUCUGCCAGUCAGUCUAAGAAA